GCUGAGAAGGAUCACCGGGGGCUGGCUGUAGCUGCCGCAGCUGCACAUCCAUCGAAGGUUCUCCUUCUCUUUCUCACCGUAGCUGCCACCGACGGCAGGUCUACUGGAUGGUGGAACCAUUUCUUCUUGUUACACUCAGCGGGAUCGGUGUCCGGCAAGAUUUCAUGCGUCUGUGUGGAGCAGUGUCGAGAUGGUGCACUGAGGAGAAAACGGCACACGCUCCACGGUCGUGUUCACCCUGAGGCUGCAGUGUGCGGAAGGGGGAUUGCGGUACAACAAGGUUAAUAAUCAGCACCAUUAAAGGUUGUCUCUGUGAGUGGGAAUUGAAAGGGUGAAUCUCGCCCCUGUGCGGGGGGAUCAGCGGAUAAAUAUAGAUCUAUAAAAAUUAUGGCCACCCUACUGCGGAAGAUCGGGCUAAUCCGUCUGCACGAUCGAGACACCGAGGACCCAAAGCACCACCAGGGUUCGUUAAAGGGGACCAAAGGGAACCAGAAAAACAACGCAAACAAACACUGUCAGACCGCCAACGAAACCAACAUCCUGAGCACCCCGGAGAUUAAGGCGAGGAAGCUGGACCAGCAGGGCAAGGAUAAGCCCACCGUCAAGGAUAAGCAGGGCAAGGAUGCGAAGGAGAAGCAGCAGACGGGAGGAGGCGGGAGUAAAGCGACCAGUGCCUCCUCGAUACCACCGCUGGCGCCUCACCGGCAACACUGUACCCAGGUGCGGACGCGGAGGCUGAUGAAGGAGCUACAAGAGAUCAGGAGGUUAGGGGACAACUUCAUCACGGUGGAGCUGGUGGAGGACAACCUGUAUGACUGGAACGUCAAGCUGCACCAGGUGGACAAGGACUCGGCGCUGUGGCAGGAUAUGAAGGAGACCAGCACCGAGUUUAUACUGCUCAACGUCACCUUUCCCGAUAAUUUUCCCUUCUCCCCGCCGUUCAUGCGGGUCCUGACGCCCCGGUUAGAGAACGGCUACGUGCUGGACGGCGGGGCCAUAUGCAUGGAGCUUUUGACACCCCGCGGAUGGUCCAGCGCCUACACGGUGGAGGCGGUCAUGAGGCAGUUUGCGGCCAGCCUAGUAAAAGGACAGGGACGUAUAUGUAGGAAAGCAGGGAAGUCCAAGAAAGCGUUCAGCCGCAAGGAAGCAGAGGCCACCUUCAAGUCUCUGGUGAAGACCCAUGAGAAGUACGGCUGGGUGUCCCCACCCGUGUCCGAUGGCUGAGUGCCUGGGCGCUGGCCCUUUGACCCCCACGCUAGCCGGACAAACCCAGCUAGCCCCGACACGCAAAACAACACAUCAUGCUAACUCAACGAUCACUCAUUUUCACCUUAUGCUGUUGCUGAAUUUGAAGUCUUUUUUUUAACUUUCAGUUUUGGGUAUCCAUGUUAUUUUUAACUUUAAAUCUUUUUUGUCCUCAUCUCCAAUGGAAGUGUUGGAGAGCAAACAUGCAGUCAUCAUCGACACUUGUCCACCAACAAGCUACUUCUGUUCCCCUCCUGCUUCACCCAGGAAGAUUCUUUCCCCCAUUUCAGAGAGAAAGCCCUGAGAGGGAGAUGUGUAUCUACUGUAUGUGUAUGUAUAUUUGUCAGUCCAUCAUGACAUCAGCUGGGAGUGUGAACAGUCUGUGGAUUUCUUUUCCUUUCUUUCUUUCUUUCUUUCUUUCUUUCUUUCUUUCUUUCUUUCUUUUUUAGAGCAUACACAUGCAUGUUCUGCUGAACAAAUGGAACAAUCUGGACUUUUCUACCCAUGUGAAAAACUACUGAAUGAAGGAGACUAAUCCCCUUCUCCUCUCCUCUCCCCUCCUCUCCUCUCUUCUCCUCUCCUCUCUUCUCCUCUCCUCUCCUCUCCUCUC